AUGAUGACAAUUCAGAAGAAGGCCUUCACACCAUCCAUUCUGGAAGGCAUGAAUAUGCAUUCAGCUUCGAGCUUCCACAGACACCACUUGCUACCUCAUUCGAAGGCAGACAUGGCAGUGUGCGCUAUUGGGUGAAAGCCGAAUUGCAUAGGCCUUGGUUUCUACCAGUAAAAUUAAAGAAGGAAUUUACAGUCUUUGAACAUAUAGAUAUCAACACUCCUUCAUUACUGUCACCCCAAGCAGGCACAAAAGAAAAGACUCUCUGUUGUUGGUUUUGUACCUCAGGCCCAAUAUCCUUAAGUGCCAAAAUUGAAAGGAAGGGCUACACCCCAGGUGAAUCAAUUCAGAUCUUCGCUGAGAUUGAGAACUGCUCUUCCCGUGUGGUGGUGCCAAAGGCAGCCAUUUACCAAACGCAGGCAUUUUAUGCCAAAGGGAAAAUGAAGGAAGUCAAGCAGCUUGUUGCCAACCUGCGUGGGGAUUCCUUGUCAUCUGGCAAGACAGAAACCUGGAAUGGCAAACAGCUGAAAAUUCCACCUGUGUCCCCUUCAAUCCUCGACUGUAGUAUAAUCCGCGUGGAGUAUUCACUGAUGGUGUAUGUUGAUAUUCCAGGCGCCAUGGAUUUAUUCCUUAACUUACCACUGGUCAUUGGUACCAUUCCUCUACACCCAUUUGGUAGCAGAACGUCAAGUGUGAGCAGCCAGGGUAGCAUGAACAUGAAUUGGCUUGGUCUGACACUGCCUGAAAGACCAGAAGCCCCUCCCAGCUAUGCAGAGGUGGUCACGGAGGAGCAGAGGCAGUCCAGCCUGGCACCCAUAGGUGUUUGUGAUGACUUCGAGCGAGGGCUUCCAGGACCAUUGUUUGCAUACAUCCAGGAGUUUCGUUUUCUGCCUCCACCCCUCUAUUCAGAAAUCGACCCAAACCCAGACCAGCCCCCAGAGGACAGACCAUCCUGCCCCUCCCGCUGAAGGGAUCUGUGAAGAGCUGCCUCGACUUGGUUUCUGAAUUGUACCUCCUGUGCUGAAGGUCAAGGCAUCAUGGUGGAGACACACUUUUCAGAGGAAGCAGUUUAGCUCUUGCCUGUGUGGUGAAUAAAUGACAACAACCUGUGAUCAUGCUUCAAAGCCUACAGUAACAGUGUAGGACUG